ACGAAACGAACGAAACAACGGAGUCGGAAUGGGCGUUGCCAUUUUAUAUUAGUAAACAAUAUAACAGUUUUUAAUUAAAAAAGUUUAAGAUUUGUUCUAGUUAAUUAAUUAAGUGCCGUGCAUUUAAAAUUGUGAACGUUAUAAAAUAUUUAAAUUAUAAUAACGACACAAAUUCUACAUCCUGUGAAACAUCAGCUUGUCUAAGAAUGAAGAGAAGAACUUUGUCUGGUAACGUCGCAGUAGGUGUGUUUGCCCUGGCGUUUGUGUCAAUAUUUGUUGCUUUCUUCUCCGCUUCGUGGUUAGUCAGUGACGAACGGAUAACUGGAGCAAAGCUUCAAAGGUUGGGACUCUGGACACAUUGCUUCCGAUCUUUACCCGACCCGCAAGAUGAAUAUCAGAGAAGAUUUUUUGUAGGAUGCCGUUGGAUAUUUGACCCGUUCACCACUGGAUAUGAUCAAAUCAGGGGAUAUCUUAUGCCUUGGUUUAUAAUCUGGACACAGUUCUUCUUCACCCUGGCGUUCCUGGGAGUAUUAGCCAGCUUUGUGCUGGUCCUGUUGUUCUUCCUGUGUUUCGGACCUGACCAAGAGCGAUUCAUUCAACUCAUUACACUCAUCGGUGGAAUCAUGCUUGGAGUGGGUGUGUGUGCCGGACUUGCUGUUAUAGUGUUUGUAUUGUUUGCAAACCGAGACAACUGGAUGCCGGGACACGCUAACAACUUUUUCGGCUGGUCCUUUGCACUGGCUGUGGCCGGUGCCAUUGAGGCCUUGGUCGCUGGAACUCUCUUCAUGGUGGAAGCCAAUGUGCAGAAGAAGAAGCGCAAGUAUAUGAAAGAAUCUCAAACUAGAUUUGAAUUGGAGCAGGAAACAAAAGCGUGAAGUAAGAUAAGCUAUGAACUUACCUCCUAGAAACUGUUUAACAUUAUGUGAGUACAGUAAUUUGUAUAGAAACAAGAAGUAGCACAAAUGUUGAGUGUUGCAAUUCUAAGCGGGGGAUGUUUUAGUAAAUCACAUACGUAAUGUAGUUUAACUAAGGGGUUACAUAUUUCGCUUCCAAAAAUAUUUACUUUGACUUAUCCUAUAAAUUGGAGUAGAUUUUACUUGUUCUUAAAGACAGGAUAUGUUUAGUAGAAGUCCAUAAAAACAAAUUUUUAUUAGUAAAAAUACUGACUUAAUGCGUAAUAGUUUAACUAUCCCUUCUGACAAUCAACCACACUUUUUUAUGCGGUUUAUGUGUUAAAGUAAAGAGUAAAAUAAGAAAAUAUUACAUUCCUUAGUAGUUAAGUGCAUUCAAAGUGCAAUUAUUUUACAAUUAAAGAAUACCACAUAAGAUGUUAACCAACUGAAAGUAUGAACAAGUUGUUUAUCUUAGCUUUCAAAGCAGCUUGGCUUGUUGGGACCGUAUUAUUUGUGACUGUACCAAUUUUUAUCUUACAAAUAUUUUAGAUUUAGUUUUACAUUGCACAUUGUCAACAAAAAUAGCUUUGGGACAUUUUUAAUGGCCAUUUUUGUCGCCUAUAUAUAAAUGUUGGUUGUUUCAUAAUAUCAUAGAUAAUGUUGUUUUUGAUAAUCUUAAGUUGUAGUAUGUAAUUAGUCCGUCCACUUCAAGAUUUUGUGCCUUUUAGUAUUAUACUUACUUUUACACCUACGUUUCACACACACAGUCACACAUCCAAGACUUACCAUAACGUAGGUAUAUGUUUGGUGGUAAAUUUACAACUAAUAUAGAUAGUGAUUUUCAAUGUAGUAAUGUUUUAUGUAAAUAACAAAUUUUAUUAGUUGUUACAGAUCUGUCUAGAGAUCUAUUAGUAUAUUUUUAUAUGAAUCUCAUGCAAGAUCUAUUAUUAUAACAUGAUAAUGUUCAGUAGCUGUAAAAGAUGCGUGUUCAAAGUAUUUUUUAUUAAUUAAUGUUAUAAUUAUCAAUGUAUCCGUCCAUUUGUACUUCUUUGUCGCUUUUCAUUUGUCCAUCAAUACUUUCUAAGGUCGAUCCAUCAAUAUUUAUAAUAAAACAUUUGCGCCUUGUAUUAUAUAAUGCCUUGAUAUUUGCACAAGUCAUUUGUACUUAUUUAUAGUUUCUGUUUUUUGACUGUAAAUCUAGUUAAAUAAUCGAUGAAAAAGAAUUAAAAAUGUUGUAUUUUUAGUCAAUUUUAUUUUGUGAACAAAUACUCUUUUCAACAUUCCUGGUUUUGUAAAGAUAAAAUACUACAAACCUUGAUGAGACGCAAAAUGUUAAGAGUUGAACAAAUGAAAGAACUAUGAUUUAUUCAUAGGCUAGUUGUUAUUUGUUAUUCCCUAAAACAGGAAACCAAUAAUAUUUCACACAUUAAAUAAGAAAUGUAAGCAAAAUGCAUUUGUAUAUGACAAGUUUUCUUGUUAGUGUUGAUAUAAUGGGUUAAAUAUAUUUGUAUUUCUUUCACAUAUUAGUUCCAGGGGAAUCGUGAAAUAUAUCAGGCAUUGAAUUUAUUUUCAAGUGCUUAGAGUAAGAUUAUUGUCACUGUCCACGUUGUGGUUUUAAUGUCUUUUAUCAACUUACUUGCAUUUACUCUGACAUGACUCAAACUUAUUUCUUAUUCUUCAAAAUUUUCAUAGUGUGAUUCCCGAUUAUGAGAGAUUUAACACUAUUUCAAUCACAAAAAAUAUAAAUCAUAGACUAAAUAAAAAAAAUAACUUAGAGGUUUUAAAUUAUUGAAUAUUAUUCAUUAUUCAAAUACCGUAACAAUAAAAUAAAUUACCUCUUGUAUUAUGGUGUUUAAAGAAAAUAAGUUUUAAGUUUAUAGCACUAGUAAUUAAAACACUUCAGUCACCAGAACUAAAACAAUCGGUUGUACAAAUAAUUUAACAUUCCAUUUUUUAUUUUUUAUUCCAUCAAAUAUGUCCAAAAGACAGAAUUAAAGCUAUCUAUAUAAAAUAUAUAUUUCAUACUUUUCUACUGUCUGUUUUAAAUACAAUUAUCAUUAAUUUGUAAAUAUCUACUCUGCCCAGCAAUAAAACACAU